UCUAAUUUCAGACGUAAUCUACAUUCAGUGACAGCGUACGCACGAUCUUAUUUUUGCUAUAGUCUUAAAAGCUUGAACUAGAUUAUUAUUUUAAUAAGAAAAAAUGAAGUUAUUUAAUAUUAUAUUAAUCUUAACACUGUGUAAUAUUUUUAACGUAUAUAGUAGCGAGAAGCAUGGUAUAUCAAAGAGAUCCUAUUAUUUGCUAUUUCCCAGAAAUACUAUUUUUCAGUUUACUUAUGGCUUAACAGUUCCUGUAAUUUUACCAAGAAGAUCAAUCAACAUAUCCUGGUGUUUUCAGGCGCAAUACAAUUUGCCUUAUAACAUUAGUAAUUUUUACCCAACUACAGUAGCUGUGAGAUCUGGUGGAUUAGGAGUAGAUUUAGCGAGGAUUAAAUUUUAUGAAUAUUUGGCCAUGAUGUUAGAUAAUUUUGGUCUACAUGGAGAAAAUUGUGUUCUUAGAUCAGUAUGUGAAGUUGCUGAAAUUCCAAUGUACGAAAAAGAGGACUCAGUUCUAGAGAAAAUUGUACAUUUUUUAUUUACACCAUCACUGGAACUUAAUUUAAAUGAAACAAACAGAGCUUUAGAAAACUCAAAAUUCAAGACCUUAACUCAAAAAUUGUUAAAAGCCGAAGACUAUGGAAAAACUCAAGGCGAAUGUGAAAUUAAAUAUUCAAAGUGUAUUAUGUCAAUAGUGGACCUUAUGACAGUAUUAUAUUUUACUUAGCAUGA